GUUUACAGUCCCCAGUUGAUGUACAUAAAUAAAAAAUAAAAAAACAAAUAAAAAAUUUUAAGUUACAAUCAAACCUAUGUAUAAUCUACCGAUAACAGCGCCCCAGCCGCCAAAAGGGGCCAUUCCGGGUUUGACGAAUUUUGGCCCGAAUUUAAACCAUUCUCUGCUCACGCAGGCGCCCUUCAAGCCCCAUUAGCAAGGAAUUCGAUCAAAUGUCAUAAAGUUCUAAGAUAAACCAAAAGUCUAAGGCGUUUAUAUUGGACUCCAGUUCAAAAAUCUAAUCCAACUGAAUUUACCAUGUGGCAGCCAGACAUUCCCAGUUGGUGUUACAAUAAUUCCAUGUCGAUGCCUGAUCCCAAUGCACAAUUCAUGAAUACACUCUAUCCACAACAACAGCAGCAGCAAACAUUUGUGUCACCAGGAUCUUCCAUGCAACCAACGUAUGCCUAUGCGCCCCAAAUGCAGCAAGCACAGCCAUCCCAUUAUUAUGGCCCGUCGCAGACGCAGCCCGUAAACAAUUUCUUAAAUUCCUACAACUCGUUCAACUCUACCAACGCGGCCCAGAUGCAGCCACAGGCUGUGUCCUUGGCUCGGGCUCAGCAGCAGGCUUGGGUUGAUUAUCCUCCGCAGAGCUUCAACUAUUGGUAUCAGAACCAGGAUAAUUUAAGUAUCUUGGCACCGCAGUCCUUUUGUCAGACUAAGCCAAUUAUAAGUCUGCAGGAGGAUGGGUUCGUAGCAUGCCACCAUCAAAGAUCGCCUUCAAGCGCCCUCUCAUGCUACCGAGCUGGCAAUCGGCAAGGAAUUGAAUAUUUUUCGCACCACAGCAGCGGAAGUCUCAGUCGCAUUGAUAGCGUCUCCAGUUUUAAAAACCAACAAGGCUUGCGCAUUCGGAAUUCUGAGCAGGAUUUAGUCGAAUAUCGUCGCAUAGCCGCACGCAAGCUGAAAUCAAUCGAAAAACGUGAAGGAACUGGGCUGCGGGCGCCGCAGGAACUGCAAAUUAAGGAGAUCGAACAGGGGUGCAGCCUAGUGAAUGAGAACUAUCAAGUGGAGAUCAGCCCGAAAGCGCCGACUACUCAAAAUGUGGUUGUCGAAGGGCAGCAGGAAAGCAGAGACAACGGUUUCUUCAAAAAACUUGGACUGUUUAAGGAUCCGUUUUUGCGUAGACAACAGAAAUCCUGUGAUCAGAACUGCGAUCCGAGCAGCUCACAGGAUACAAUUGAACGUCCACGCAAGAAACGAAACUUCUUGAAACGCCUCCUUGGCGGCAUGCAUUAUCCCUCGCAUGUCGAUUUAACUGUUCUUGUGGAGCAGGAUCAGCUCGAGGCGAUAGAAUUCGGCAAACGGUAGAAUAAUACACAGACUCAAUAUCAACUUCCGAUAUAUGUAAUAUUCUUUUCAUAAUAUAAAAAAAAAAUACUCCACUCAA